AUGACACCGUCCGACAGUAGCGACUCGUCUGGGGGAGAUCUCAUCUAUACGCCUCCUGGCACUGAGUCGCCCCUACCUCUCGCUUCGGCCUCUGCCGCAUCCGCCAAAUCCACUUUACGUCCUUCGAGCCCCUUGCGUCUCAACUCCCUUCCCCCAGCUAUAAAAGACGAAUUCCGGGCGGAUCGACAGCACAUUCGAGGGGUGCAUUUCGAUGUGAAUGACGAACAUAGACAAGACGAAGAGGAAGACGACGACGAUAUGGCUGGGAGAACGUCAAUGCACCAGCCUCUUGGGCCAGAAUCGCACGAACCGCUAUUAGGGGAAGACAAACAUACAAACACAAGAGGCCGACCAGAGUCACCAAGUCUCCAUGGCUCAGCCAGACCAGCACUCUCGUCUCGGAGGAGUACAUUUCGCUCGCGGUCUCCUUCAUACGUCCAACCCGAAGACAUGGUGCGGCGGAAAUACAUCUACGCUUCCUUCUUCCUCAUCCUUUCCCUCAUCUCCUUUGUCGUACAGACGGAAACGGCGGUAUAUAUUCAACACGAACUGAAAUGGGACAAGGCGUAUUGCAUGAUGUACUUGACGCACGGCUCGUGGAUAUUCCUCUGGCCAGUCCAACUCAUCUUCCUCCGGAUACAGAAACGACAACUGUCCUGGCCCGCGUUCUGGCGAAGACACGUUUACCUCCUCCGCUCUACGGCGCAAAUGGUCCGCUCUCAAGAACUCCAUCUCUCAAAGUCCACCACUCUGGUCUCCCCUUGGCCCUACAUGAUCAGAGCCACCGCCUUCAUCACCACGUUUCUCACGAUGGCCGGAGGAUCGUGGUACGUUGCUGUCAAUUUGACCUCACCGUCCGACCUCACCGCGAUCUACAACUGUUCCGCCUUCUUCGCCUAUGUAUUCUCCAUAAUGCUCCUGAACGACAAAUUACGCUUUGACAAGGCAAUCUCGGUUGCUCUGGCCAUCAUUGGCGUCCUCGUCGUCGCAUAUGGCGAUAAAGACGACACCACCCCUGGUCCGGGGACAUCAAACCCCGGUGCUGAAAAGGGAUUCGGAACAAAACUCGUGGGGAACAUCAUCAUUGGCAUUGGCUCGGUGGCGUAUGGUUUUUACGAAGUUCUUUACAAACGCUUCGCUUGUCCCCCUGAGGGUACUUCCCCAGGCAGGGGAAUGAUUUUCGCAAACACGUUUGGCAGCAUGGUCGGGUUUUUCACACUGACCGUUCUUUGGAUCCCUAUCCCCAUCCUUCAUUGGACUGGCCUGGAGAUAUUUGAGAUUCCAAGUGGCCAAGCAGCCAGAUUACUCGCCAUCUCCACCCUCUCCAAUGCUGUUUUCUCCGGCUCUUUCCUCGUCCUCAUGUCCCUCACCUCGCCAGUCCUAAGUUCUGUUGCCGCACUCCUCACAAUCUUUCUGGUGGGUAUUACAGACUGGAUCAUCACCGGAAAACCACUCAGUACGGCGGCACUCGCCGGUUGCGGCUUGAUCGUUGUGGCGUUCGUCAUGUUGAGCUGGGCCACGUAUCGAGAGAUGAGAGAAGAACAGUUGAAACGGGAAGAAGAGGAAGAGAACAAAGUCUUUGAUGAUGACGACGACGAGGAAGAGGAUGAAGAGCCAGUGUCGAGCAAUAGAAGAAGGGCCAGUUGA